ACCUCGAUUCAGAUACGUAUUCUCAAGCAGGUAGUCGCUGCAGAGCGUCAGCGUCAAGCCGACGCCGCUGCGCUUCUCGACUCGAUCAGCCACAACGUUCAAGGAUCGCACUCGAUCCCCAUAGAGUCUUCGGCGUAUGCACGCGCGAUCUCACCCGCUCCGUCCAACCACCUCCUGCUCACAAUAGAGCCUGAUACCACUGAAGGUCACGAUGACUCGUGGCACAUCCUCGCACAGCUCCAGGCAGUCACCGCAUGCCAGAAUGAGCGCGACAUGGUUUACGACACCGCCGACCUACGCCAGCUCAUGCGCACCGCGCUGCAGGCGAACAACGACGGGGAGAUGAUUCUUGUCCUCCAGGUUGGCCGUGAUGAAAUGCCUGAAGCUAUCAAGAUGCUUCAGCGCGCUCUUGAGAAGAAAGUCGAACGCGAGAGUCUGGAGGAGGAGGCUGUUCUGGUGUCCGCGAACGUCGCGGCCGUCGAGGUCAGCGCGCCCCAGAUCGCCCAAUUGGACACUCCCGGCCUUACUUGGUCCGCGACGGUGCACAGCACGGAAAGCAGCGGCACGACGUCAGGCUCAGUCGCGAGCUCUGCCGGAAGGUCUUCCCGCGCGCCGCGCGACACACUUGACCGGGAGUUUAUCGAGACUGGGAUUGACGCGCUCCGGCGGCUGAGCGGAGCGGAGGUGACGCUGCUGAGCUGGACGAUUACCAGGUACGAGGUCAAGCGGAAUGAGAAGAUCGGCAUGGGCUUCUUCUCCGACGUGUACAAAGGCACGCGGAGGAACCAUGUUGUGGCGAUCAAGGUGCUCGCGCCGACGACGCCGAGGCAGCUCUUCGUGCAUGAGGUGUCGAUCUGGAAGACGCUGCAGCACCCGAACGUUUGCGAACUUCUUGGCGCGUCCUCGGCAUCCAGCGACCCUCCUUGGUUCUUUGUUAGCCCCUACUACAAGAAUGGCAGUCUCGUGACCUACUUGAAAGGGCUACCGUCGUUGGACAAUGUCGACUUACUCAAGAUGGUUCACGAAAUCGCAAAAGGAAUGUCAUACCUCCACAGUCAAGGCGUGUUGCACGGAGACCUCAAGGCCUCGAACGUGCUCGUCAACGACAAGCACCACUGCAUCAUCUCUGACUUUGGGCAGAGCGAGAUGAAAUCGGAGGCGUACCGUGUUAGCGGGCGGCCCCUUCCCCACGGCACUCUACGCUGGCAGGCUCCGGAGCCUAUGUCAGCCCAAAGCGGGCUCACGCAGGAGAUCGACGUUGUGCAGAUUGGUCACGACUUUGUAGGCGAGAACAUGCGCCCAGAGCUGCCGCUGCAGCGCGUCUGGUCUCAGCAGCUUUCGGAGAUUCUCCACUCAUGCUGGCAUUGUGACUCCACUAUGCAUCCGCCGUUCUUCAAGAUUGACAAAGACGUCCAGCGGCUGAAGGAGUCACCCGCGUCGCGUCAUUUGGGGCUCGAACAGAUGAAGACGCGCAAGUCGCCGGAUAUACAUCCCAUACCGCUCUCUCUACUUCCUGAUGAAGUCACUGCCUCUUUUGUCGAGGUGGGAUCAGCCCCUUCGACGGACGUGUCGUUCAUGACCGCCAUGGAACUUGAAUCUGUGACGGGGCACUCUCAGGACUACCACGAUGACCAUCGCGAUCACAAGGGUCCGGACACAGACCUGAGCCGAACAAGCAGUCGCGCGUCCCUCCAAGACAGUCAAUCGUCAGAGCACAUAGAAUUCCCGCGACACGUCUCUCCUCCCCCGGACGAGCGUGCUCAAAAUAUCCACGAUGAGCGUUGGUACAGGAUGCUCCUUCAACACGAAUUUCACCCAUCGCUAACACUUCCGCUGUGGAUGCCGUCGCAGGUGCUUAUCGGGGCGGUCGGGUACCACAGCAAGGCGAAUUACGGCGAAUUCGUGACAUUGUUUAGUUCGUUCGAGCCGGAAAAGUCGUCGAACGGUCGAGUGAAGAACAUACCAUCUUUGUAUGGUUACGGGCGCGUGAGCCAAGGCAGCCAGCGUCAGGAUAAGCGCAAUGUUGCCCAGCGGGGCAUGGACUUGAUCCAGUCAUGGCUGGGUCCAAGAAAUUGUGCUGGAGAGGCGACCUAUUCCCGCCGGUACUCUUCCCCCUUGCGCUCUGGACAUAAGGCCGCAAAUCUUUUCACCGAGUCCAUGGUGUAUAGGUACAUGGAGGACCCUGUUACAUCCAAGAAGUGGUUCAAGGCUAGCACGGACAACGUCCUGGCGAUCUACGAGGCGGAGCACCGCAUAACAAAGGAAGACUUGUAUCUCGGUACACCUAUAUCUUCUUCACUCAUCGGCACGCUCAAGGCUCAGGACUAUGCACUCUUCAUCAGUCACGAGCAUCCCAAUGGUCAAGUCAACUUCCAUGUCUUCUCAGCAACGCGCAAUGGUUGCCCUUAG